AUGACUUCAAACGACCUACCAUCCACCGCCGUUCUGAUGCUCCAGGUCGAGGACGGUGUGCCCUGUGUCAAGAUCCCAGGCGACACUAACGACGCGAAUACCCAAUCUCUCACCCCAGGUUGUCAACUCGUACUCUCAUCUGACGGGUCCUUCCGCGUCAACGGUGUGAUUGACGCCCAGACGUGCUCUGUCGUCGAGUGGGACCAGGGAUACGGCUGGGGCAUCACAUACAACUUCCGUCAUACCAAGGAAUCAGAACGCAUCGUAGUAUACGUUGGGUCCGAUCCACGACUUGCGCUUUCGGUCGACGGGGAAGUGGCCGUUGAGCGUGGCACGGCUGGAUGGAAAACGAUGCAGAAGCAGCAAUAG